CUUCCAAAGUCAAUGAAUGAGACAAAUUACUCUCGGGUGACAGAGUUUGUGCUGUUGGGCCUGUCAAGUUCAAAGGAGCUUCAGCCUUUCCUCUUUCUCAUAUUUUCACUGCUGUACUUAGCGAUUCUGCUGGGAAACUUCCUCAUUAUCCUCACAGUGACUUCAGAUUCCCGACUUCAUACCCCCAUGUACUUUCUGCUUGCAAACUUAUCUUUUAUAGAUAUAUGUGUAGCUUCUUUUGCUACUCCCAAAAUGCUUGCUGACUUUCUGGCUGAACGGAAAACUAUCUCGUUUGAAGCCUGCUUGGCUCAGAUUUUUUUUGUUCACCUAUUUACUGGUGGUGAGAUGGUACUUCUUGUAUCCAUGGCCUAUGAUCGAUAUGUUGCAAUAUGUAAGCCUCUCCACUACAUGACAAUCAUGAGUCACCGAGUGUGUAUUAUUCUGGUCAUCAUCUCCUGGUGUGUGGGUUUCAUCCACACAACUAGCCAGCUGGCAUUCACUGUUAACUUGCCAUUUUGUGGUCCUAACCAGGUGGACAGUUUUUUCUGUGAUCUCCCUCUGGUGACCAAGCUAGCUUGCAUAGACACUUACAUUGUCAGCUUACUAAUAGUUGCAGAUAGUGGCUUUCUCUCCAUGAGCUCAUUUCUCCUCUUGGUCAUCUCCUACACUGUGAUUCUCAUUACAGUUAGGAAUCGCUCCUCUGCUAGUAUGGCCAAGGCCCGCUCCACCCUAAGUGCUCACAUCACCGUUGUCAUACUCUUCUUUGGACCAUGCAUCUUCAUCUAUGUGUGGCCUUUCAGCAGCUAUUCAGUUGACAAAGUCCUUGCCGUGUUCUACACCAUCUUUACACCCAUAUUAAACCCAGUUAUCUACACUUUGAGAAACAAAGAAGUUAAAGCAGCUAUGUCAAAGCUGAGGAGUCGCUAUCUGAAACCUGGACAGGUUUCUGCCCUGAUUAGAAAUGUUCUUUUUCUAGAAACAAAGUAA